AUGCAACGGACGGGGGGAGCACGCGCAGGCAACCAGCACCGCACAAGAGGAGGCGGGACGAAUGGCAUUGCUCCAUUUUUCCGCCGCGGCAUUGUCUUCUCCCACAGGGAUUUUGGAACCGCCCUUGACUGCGUGCGUGCGUCCUUUGCGACGGGGACACACCGCGCGUACUUGUACACUGGCCGUGGACCGAGCGCGCAGUCGAUGCACAUUGGCCAUGUCAUACCGUUUUUAUUGACGCGGUACCUGCAGGAUGCGCUCGGUCUUCCGUUGGUGAUUCAGAUAACCGAUGAUGAGAAGCACUUCUUCCGCGACAUUCCCGUCAGCGGGGAGAGGGCGAGCGGGUUGGUGGUGGAGAACAUAAAAGACAUCAUUGCCUUUGGCUUCGAUCCACGCAAGACAUUUAUAUUCCGCAACACGGUGCACAUGGGGGACAUGUACCCAACUGUCGUGCAGGUGCAGCGCAUGUUGACGCUGAGCGCUGUGAAGAAUACAUUUGGCCUGAAGGAUAGCGACAAUGUUGGAAAGGCAGCCUUUCCAGCGGUGCACGCCGCGCCGUGUUUUAGCAGUGCCUUCCCCCGUGUGCUACGACGGCUAGCUGGGGACCCGCCGCUGAAGUGCAUCAUUCCCUGUGCAAUUGAUCAGGACCCUUUUUUCCUCCUGGCACGCAACGUCGCGCCGCGUAUGAAGUGCUGCGCCCCCGCACUGCUGCACACAAAGUUCCUCCCCGCACUGAAGGGAGCGCAGUUCAAGAUGAGCAGCAGCGCCGAGGGGAACGGAGUCAUCACACUACACGACACGGAGCAGGAGGUGCGGAAGAAGGUGCGCAAGGCCUUCUCUGGUGGGGGUGGCACGUUGGAGGACAUGCGUGCGGAGGGUGUCAACCUGCACGCAGACGUGGCGUACCAACUCAUUCGGUUCUUCUGCCCCGACGACAAUCUCCUCGCGGAGGUGACGUCGAAGUACAGCAGGGGUGAGAUGAACAGCGCCGAGGUAAAGGAACUCGCCGCGGAUGUCGUUGUGCGGCACUUCUUGUCGGGGUGGCAGGCGCGGCGGGCUGGCGUCACAGAUGCCGACGUGGAACAGUUCUCCGGCAUCCGCAGCAUUCUUCUGUGA